AUUCAUAAUGCCUCAUGUAUUAGAAGAUUUAAGGAGAGUCUUUCCAAAAAAAUCGUUUCUACUCCAAACCUACAUGUUAGGUUGUUUCUACUUGAUACAUCAACAACUAAAUGUGGAUGAGAAGAAGAAGGAAAAACAAACAAUGCCUAUAUGGAGAUCAAAGUUGAUUGAAAAUCAACACCAACGACAUUUGAAAUAAUUUUAAUUGAAAAUCUUAAUCGAUCAACAAAUACCCCUCAAACCACGACACAAAUCGUCAUAUGGCUUGAUGGAAUUCAGUAAUAGAUUGUCAUUUAUAUUUUAGGAACACCGCAAUUCGUUGAGUUUCCAAACUUGAAAAGUCCCAACACAACCUCAUAAGUGGUAUAAUUGGAGUAUAUCCUUUAGCAUACCUUACAAAUCGACUCGAAGCAGAUUCAGAAUUUCAGUUUGGAUGACCUAUCAACUAUUGAAAGCGAAUUUGUGCCCGAUUUGAAGACAGACUUAUAAGUACAGAAAUCUGUGGACAUGACAUAGAGUUGCAUCUUUUGAAUUUGUUUUUUUUUACUUCUCC